AUGUUACGACCGUCUCAGCGAUACCCGUUCAUGGAUCCCUCACAACGCCCUCCACUCCAUCCCUUGCCACAGCCAGCUGGUGCUCCUAUCACCGCCGCCAAUCAACUCGUCCUUGACUACAUCGAGGCGACCUUCAAUGCCAUUAUACAAGAAAUAAGACACACAUCGGGGCAUGGCAAGCCGGUGAUUACCAUGAGUCGGGUAGCGGCGGUGAAAGCCUACCCUGAUGAAGAUGACCCAACGCAUCUGCAUUGGCACGUUGAAUCUCGACAAGUACAAUACCACUUUCCCGGCCGGACCAAGGCCGAAGCGUGGAGAUUCGAUCUUUUCAAAAAUCAAGGAACCGUGGAUCGAUAUCUCGAUGAAAUUGCCCACACUUGCCGGGUGACGAGACGAGACCUCAACGUCGUUGCAAGCCCGAAAGGUCUGGCCGCUGGUCUCUGUAAUGCUCUUUCAAACAAGCACGCGCCGGUGGUCCAGACCAUCUGCGUGAACACCCCGUUGGCCACCACAAGCCAUGUCAAUUGGAUCCUGGUCAUAGAGAAAGAAGCAACAUUCAAUGCGCUGACCGAAAGGGAAUUCCAUCAGCAUCCAGUUAUUGGCCCUGGCCUGCUUGUUACCGCUAAGGGAUACCCUGACAUAACGACUCGAUAUUUCCUACGCCAGCUGCUUGAUCAGUCUCCGUACUCGAUUCCAGUCUUUGGCUUGUUUGAUUGGGAUCCAGACGGGGUCAAGAUUUUCAAGUGCUAUCUAUACGGAUCGAGGAGGUUGGCACAGGAGCACGGUUGUGACAUCCCCGAAGCACAAUGGAUAGGCCUCAAAAUGGAAGAUGUUGUCUCGCAUCAAGAUAUUGGCAACCAGACGGUGCAGUUGUCGAAGCGUGAUCGAAUGACAGCAAAUGCAUUGCUGGCAAAUCAGGAGUGGCACGAUCAAGCAGGAAUUGUUCUGCCAGGUCUGCAAGAAGCGGUCACCGAAGUUCAGCGGAUGCUCAUGUUGAAUCGAAAGGCCGAAAUUCAAAGCCUGGAUGAGGGACAAGGUGGCCUGGAAGAUUGGUUGAUGGGAAGACUGCGUCAACAGCUCUGUUGUAGAAGUUGA